GAUUGAGUCUAGUGUUUACAACGAAAAUUAACUCUUCACAUUAUUAAGUAGUCAAGUAUUUCUGAAACUAAAUAACUAAUUAAAAUGAUCUUAAUGUAAAGUAGGCUAUAAACUUAAACUUAAUGUAAAGGGAGCCUCCUUUUCAUCUUACUUCGUUCUCCUUCGGGAACAAGCAACAAAGAACCAUGUUCGCCGGACUGUUUGGCGCGAGAGCGGUCGAGGAGGACCGGUUCCAUAAAUUGCAGAACUUAUGCCGAAAAAUCGGCAAUUCCAUCGUACACCUGGAACGGAUUCAUAAGAUCCCUAGUGGCGGCAAUCUUCAUCUCGUUAGAACGAACUCCCUCGAAGAUGGCGCGACUAGCGGAGGCAGUGGAUCUCCAACAUCAACGAUUUCUUCGAUAGGUGGGACGAGUACGCCUUCUGUGAUUGGAGGAGGAGGAAGCACUGGUUAAGGGUUUUCCUAAUCCAUCUUCUUCUUCCCUAAAAAUCCAUCUUCGGAAGCCUCCUGAGACCGUUUUAAAGGGAGAAACGGUCUCAGGAUGAUGCUCAAGAUGGAUGCCAGAGAGAAAAGCUCUAAACUGGUCGUGGUGCUUCAAGUACACCGGGUAGUGGGGGAGGUAGUAC